AUGUUGACCCAGCGGGAGAAAACCGUGGUCUCUACUGCCGUCAUUGCAGCCGUCGGUGUAGGUGUACUGUACGUGCUUACACGUUACCGCAGCAGCAUCAUGAGCCGGCUCAAGGCAAUGAACCAAAGAGACCCGCUUCGUGGACAGCAAGUGCACAUUAUCAACACGACGCACGAUUGCCGGACGAUUGUGGAAAAGUUGCAGAAGCACUGUCAGGAGUACAACGUGCUCGGAUUCGAUUGCGAAUGGGUGAGCGACCAGGGUAAACGACGCCCAGUAGCGCUACUACAGCUGGCUUCACACCGUGGCCUCUGCGCUUUAAUACGCUUGUGCACGAUUAACAGGAUACCGCAAGAGUUGUAUGAUUUACUCAACGACGACAAUAUUAUUAAAGUAGGCGUUUCGCCGUAUGAGGAUGCUCGCGUGCUGCGUGAUGACUAUCGCUUGAAGGUAGAAAGCACGCUGGAUUUGCGGUUUAUGGCCGAACGAGCGGGACUAGAACCACUGGGAAUCGCACGUUUGGCCAAUGAAGUACUGGGGAUCACGUUGGACAAACAUUGGAAAGUUCGAUGCUCUGAUUGGGAGUCACCAGAACUGUCCGAUCGUCAGAUAAAGUAUGCUGCUAGCGACGCUCACGUGGCGGUGGAGUUGUUCAAAAAGCUCUCCUUUAAACUGGUGCCACAUUAUCCGUGGACCAGUCGGAAAGUUGUACUGGAACAGGUUCUGGAAGAAAUGGACUGUUUCAUGGAUCAACCGCACAAUAGUCGCAAGUUGAAGGCAGGUGGAAGUUCGAAAGCAAAAGCCAAACUUCUCACUCCACAAAAUAAUCAAAAACCGAACAAAAGAUACCAUUCGACUCGCACGAAGCCACUUUACCAUAACUGUGUAAUGCAGGCACCGGAUGGUGAGCUGCUGUGUACGUGCGAUCGUCGUAAGGCGGAAUGGUACGUCCAGCGGGAACUAGGGGAACUCGUGUGUGAGGCGCCGUAUACCGUACGGCUGCGCUUCGAACCGGCCGGUCGGGCUGUGGAUGAGGCUGGCAAGUACUAUCAGCAGGUUAAGGAAAACAUUUGCGUGGUGUGCGGAGCGCAGGAGAGCUUCAAUCGAAAGAAUAUCGUUCCACGGGACUACCGUCGACACUUUCCCGUGGUGAUGAAGGAACAUGUUUCGCACGAUGUUUUGCUACUGUGUGCGGAUUGUCACCAGAGGAGCAACAUUGUCGACGAGCGAUUGCGGCAGGAGUUGGCUACUCUUUGUGAAGCUCCCCUCUCGGGACAGAAGAACGGUUCCAAGGAGAUACGUAUCGAAGCUAUGGCGGAAAUUCGGAAAGCGGCCCGAGCACUUCUGUACAAUGCAUCGCAAAUCCCUGCCGAACGUCGGCAAUUUCUAGAGGAGCGACUGCUUCUCUUGCUGAAUGGCUUAGAGAAUGGUACCGAUGCAAAUCCGACAGAAUUGCAAAGUGAACAACGAAUAACGGAGCUGACCGUGGAGUUACUGGAAGAGUAUAGCAACGUCGAUAUAUCUAUGCGCAACGAACUGUACUGUGCACAUGGUGAACGUGUAGUAGAUUACUUCAAGAACAUCCCGGGAGGGUUAAGUCAGUUGGAACGAAGAUGGCGCGAACAUUUUCUUCGUACCAUGCGACCGAAACAUCUGCCCCCGUUGUGGUCAGUGGAUCAUAACUAUAAAAGACUUGAAAUUCGUGCAGGUCAAGGGAGAGUAAAUAUGGAAGAUCUCGCUAUUGCGGGUAUUAGCCUCAACUCGUCCCCAUCAACGUCUGGUACGUACUCGAGUCGGUCGUACAACUAUUCCAGCCAGUCUCAUACCAACGGCAGUCGUACAUACAGUGGCAUGGCCACGGAUAAUCCGGCUACGUCAACCCGUUUCUACUCUAAUGUGCCGUCUCAAGGCACGAUCAAUGGAGAUGGCAAAACUAUGACAAACGCGUCACACCAAACUACACAGUACAAAUCCAUACUACAGCCUCGCUUCGAUGGCCGAUGGACAGCAGUCACUGACGACAGUGCAUCGGGUGGACCGACGCUUUACAAAACCUUCCAGAACCAUUAUAUGCCAUACUACAACGAUCAGGAAGCUGCGGCACCGUUCCCACAAUUGGACAGCGAAGCGGCUACGGAGCGGGAUUUUGCUUCGGUGGCGCUUACUUAUGAUAGUGACGAUUCCAACUCAACCCUAUCGCAACCGUCCUCGACGUUGUUGAACUCCAACGGCACGUUCCCGGACGAUGAAGAAGAGGACGCGUUUCCGCAGAACGGUGGACAGGACGAUGAUACUGACGAGCGCAGCCUAAACGCAGUUGACAGCUUAGCUACCGAUAGUUCCUCUUCCUUGGGCGCCGCUGCUGCCAAUGCAAGUCCAGGUGAACCGGAGCUGAUUGGAAACAUGCGUCUUCAAGAGAGGGGACAGAACAAGUAAUGUACGUGAUCAAUACACGGCCACAUUCUCAUUGUUGGGUUCGGUAAUGGUACGUAGCUUUGUACCAUUUAGUGAUGUAGAAGAGGAGGCCGACAAAGAAAGGGAAGUAUAUUUUUAGACAGGAAACAAUAUCGCAUUACGCCAGAUGGUAAAGCAUCUCGGAAGUGUAAAACUAUCGUUUAACAAAAUGUAACAACCUUGCAAACACUACACAUUAUAAUCUGCGUUGGUUCUAAACC